GGAGGGGGGGCGCCCCCAAGAUGGCGGACCACAUCCCGCUGCACCCGGUUCCGCGUAGCACCCAGCGGAGAGCGGCCUAUUACACAAGCGCCGCCACGGCGCAGAGGCACAACAGGUACCAAGUGGAAGAUGAGUCCUCUCAUUUGGAUGAAAUGCCACUAAUGAUGUCAGAAGAAGGAUUUGAAAAUGAUGAGAGUGAUUACCAUACUCUACCAAGAGCCAGAAUUUCACAGAGAAGCAGAGGCUUAGAGUGGUUUAUCUGUGGUGGCUGGAAGUUCCUUUGCACUAGUUGUGCUGAUUGGCUCAUAAACCUUUGCCGAAGAAAGAAAGAGCUGAAGGCCCGCACAGUGUGGCUUGGGUGUCCUGAAAAGUGUGAAGAAAAAUACCCUAAAAAUGCCAUAAAAAAUCAAAAAUACAACAUCUUUACCUUUAUACCUGGGGUUUUAUAUGAACAGUUCAAGUUUUUCUUGAAUCUUUAUUUUCUCGUCGUGUCCUGCUCACAGUUUGUCCCAGCAUUGAAAAUAGGCUACCUGUACACAUACUGGGCUCCUCUGGGAUUUGUUUUGACGGUCACAGUGGUACGGGAAGCUGUUGAUGAAUUUCGACGUUACAAGAGAGACAAGGAAAUGAACUCACAGUUAUAUAGCAAGCUGACAGUACGAGGUAAAGUGCAAGUUAAGAGUUCAGACAUACAAGUUGGAGACCUCAUCAUAGUGGAAAAGAAUCAACGAAUCCCGUCUGACAUGGUGUUUCUCAGAACAUCGGAAAAAACUGGUUCAUGUUUCAUUCGAACUGACCAGCUCGAUGGAGAAACAGACUGGAAACUGAAGGUUGCUGUCAGCUGCACACAAAGAUUGCCAGCUUUGGGGGAUCUCUUUUCAAUCAAUGCUUAUGUUUAUGCUCAGAAACCACAGCUGGAUAUUCACAGUUUUGAGGGUACCUUCACACGGGAAGACAGUGAUCCAGCAGUUCAUGAAAGCCUAAGCAUAGAAAAUACAUUAUGGGCAAGCACUGUUGUUGCCUCAGGAACUGUAAUUGGUGUUGUCAUUUACACAGGCAAGGAAACUAGAAGUGUAUUGAACACGUCCAAUCCUAAAAAUAAGGUUGGCCUGCUGGAUUUGGAGUUGAAUCAACUGACCAAAGCCCUGUUUUUGGCUUUAGUUGCACUAUCAGUUGUUAUGGUGACCUUACAAGGAUUUGUAGGCCCAUGGUAUCGCAACCUUUUCCGGUUCCUCCUGCUGUUUUCCUAUAUCAUCCCAAUCAGUUUACGUGUGAACUUGGACAUGGGUAAGGCAGCCUAUGGGUGGAUGAUUAUGAAAGAUGACAAUAUUCCUGGAACAGUUGUUCGAACUAGCACCAUACCAGAAGAGUUGGGAAGAUUAGUUUAUUUACUAACGGAUAAAACAGGAACACUUACACAGAAUGAGAUGAUAUUUAAGCGCCUCCACCUAGGUACUGUGUCCUAUGGAACAGACACAAUGGAUGAAAUACAGAGUCAUAUUAUAAACUCUUAUUCACAGGUGCACUCUCAGAACUGUGGAAACAGUACGAGUUCAACACCAUCUAGGAAACCUCAGUCAUCUGCACCCAAAGUCCGCAAGAGUGUCAGCAGUCGGAUACAUGAAGCAGUGAAGGCCAUUGCACUAUGCCACAAUGUGACCCCAGUAUAUGAAUCCCGGGCUGGUGUGUCUGGAGAAACAGAAUAUGCUGAGGUGGAUCAGGACUUCAGUGAUGAAAAUCGAACUUACCAGGCUUCCAGCCCUGAUGAGGUAGCUCUGGUGCAGUGGACAGAAAGUGUGGGUCUCACUCUGGUUAGCAGGGAUUUGACCUCAAUGCAGCUGAAGACCCCUGGUGGACACAUUCUGACAUACUAUAUUCUGCAGAUCUUCCCCUUCACUUCUGAGAGCAAGCGCAUGGGGAUCAUAGUUAGGGAUGAAUCAUCAGGAGAAAUUACAUUUUACAUGAAGGGUGCAGAUGUUGCAAUGUCCACUAUUGUACAGUACAAUGAUUGGUUAGAAGAAGAGUGUGGUAAUAUGGCACGAGAAGGACUGCGUACACUGGUUGUUGCCAAAAAAUCACUGACUGAAGAACAGUAUCAAGAUUUUGAGAGUCGAUACAACCAAGCAAAGUUAAGCAUACAUGAUAGAAACCUGAAGGUUGCUGCUGUUGUAGAGAGUUUGGAGCGAGAAAUGGAACUGCUGUGUCUCACUGGAGUAGAAGAUCAGCUGCAAGCAGAUGUUAGACCAACUCUAGAGAUGCUAAGAAAUGCUGGAAUAAAGAUAUGGAUGUUAACAGGAGAUAAACUGGAGACAGCAACUUGCAUUGCAAAAAGUUCUCACUUAGUGUCUAGGACUCAAGAUAUUCACAUUUUCAGACCCGUUACCACUCGAGGAGAGGCUCACUUAGAACUAAAUGCCUUUAGGAGGAAGCAUGACUGUGCCUUGGUGAUAUCUGGGGACUCACUCGAGGUUUGUCUGAAGUAUUAUGAGCAUGAAUUUGUAGAGCUGGCUUGUCAGUGUCCUGCUGUAGUAUGCUGCCGAUGUUCCCCCACGCAGAAAGCUCAUAUUGUGAAACUGUUACAGCACCACACUGGAAAACGCACGUGUGCAAUAGGUGAUGGAGGAAAUGAUGUCAGCAUGAUCCAAGCAGCAGACUGUGGAAUUGGAAUUGAAGGCAAGGAGGGAAAACAAGCUUCCCUAGCAGCUGACUUUUCCAUCACACAGUUUAAACACAUAGGUAGGCUGCUGAUGGUACAUGGUCGAAACAGUUACAAAAGAUCAGCAGCACUUGGUCAGUUUGUCAUGCACCGAGGCCUUAUUAUUUCAACUAUGCAGGCUGUAUUUUCAUCAGUCUUCUAUUUUGCAUCUGUUCCCUUGUACCAAGGAUUCCUAAUGGUAGGGUAUGCAACCAUAUAUACUAUGUUUCCAGUCUUCUCUCUAGUACUGGAUCAGGAUGUGAAGCCAGAAAUGGCAUUGCUAUAUCCAGAACUUUAUAAGGAUCUCACAAAGGGAAGAUCUUUGUCAUUUAAGACCUUCCUCAUCUGGGUUUUAAUCAGUAUUUACCAAGGUGGUAUUCUGAUGUAUGGAGCCCUGCUGCUUUUUGAAUCUGAAUUUGUACAUGUCGUUGCCAUUUCCUUCACUGCCCUAAUCUUGACUGAGCUCUUGAUGGUUGCACUGACCAUACGAACAUGGCACUGGUUAAUGGUGGUGGCUGAAUUUCUCAGUCUUGGCUGCUAUGUGGCCUCUCUUGCAUUUCUAAAUGAAUACUUUGGUAUAGGCAGAGUGUCUUUUGGAGCUUUCUUAGAUGUUGCCUUUAUCACAACUGUGACCUUCCUGUGGAAAGUGUCAGCAAUCACUGUUGUAAGCUGUCUUCCACUUUACAUUCUCAAGUACUUGAAGCGCAAAUUUUCUCCUCCAAGUUACUCAAAGCUUACCUCGUAAAAGUAAUUGUAUCCCUAUGUUUUUUCACUUGCACCAGUCUGCAAAUUGCACAUUCACUGUGCUUUUAUGUCUGUGGGUUUCUGUUGGACUAAAGAAAUUUGAAAAACUAAGUGAUAAAGUGAAUAGAGCACAAAAAGAGGUGGAAACAUCAGACAGGUGCAAUAACCAGACCUAUACUAACAGGACUAUCAGAGAUAAACCUAAUAUUCUUCAUGUUGAUUUUCUUUCCUUUUUUUUUCUUUCUGUUGCUGUGAUUAUAAAAUAAAACUGAAUUACCUUUAAUUUGACAGUGCUUCUGAAUGGUUUCAUUGCUAUUGUAAAGGAUUUUUUGCUACUGUAAAGGGUUUUUUCCUACUGUACUAAUCUGCAAGUUGAAUUGAAAGUUUCAUUAUUACAUAACUUCCCUUCUUUAAUUAUUACAUAACUACCUAAUUCAAGUUGUUUCCUUUAAUGUCUAUAUAUGGAAAAGUUCAUUUGUCCAUACUGAAUAUAACACACCUAAUACCUGUAAAUGCCCAUGUCUGUAUUAGCAGCUAUUAUUCCUCAUCAGACAUUGAGUAAUAUGCACUAUUUGAAUUAUGUACAGAUGUCUGCAUAGCACAGUAUUAUAUUAGGGGCUGUUGUCCUAUUCUGUUCUGCAUUUCUGGCACCAGUUAAUUACAGAUCUGUGAUGCUGACAGCAGCUCUUUAAAUGCACAUUACAGCCAGGUUGCACAAAAGCUGUUUAAAAGUUCAAUUAUAAAUUCUGUACAUAAUUCCACUGCACCUAUUGAUCUGUACAGAUAUCAAAGACAUGGCUGCUCAGUAAAUAUGUUUUAAAAUUCUUAUUCAUUUUGUAUUUGUAAAACUGCAAAUAGUGUCAAAGUACAUUUAUAUAUAUGAGAAGUCCAGUAAACCUUGUAUUAGUUAA